AUGGUAACAGUCAGAGAGGCUCUGAACCAGGCCAUAGACGAAGAGAUGGAAAGGGAUGAGAGAGUGUUUGUUCUUGGAGAGGAGGUAGGGGCGUCUGGGGGGAACCAUGAUGUUACUAAGGGACUGCACAGGAAGUAUGGAAGGUGGAGGGUCCUAGAUACACCCAUUAGCGAAAUGGGGUUUACAGGUCUUGCUGUUGGAGCCUCUUACCUUGGUCUAAGACCGAUAGUUGAAUUUAUGACUUGGAACUUCGCACUACAGUCGAUUGAUCACAUAAUCAACUCAUGUGCAAAGACUUUGUACAUGUCUGGAGGAAAGGUCAGCUGUCCCAUUGUGUUCAGAGGACCCAACGGAUUCAAUCCUGGAUAUGCAGCACAGCACACACAGGACUUCUGCAGCUACUAUGGUGCAGUUCCUGGGCUUAAGGUUGUUGCCCCCUAUACAGCUAGAGACCAUAAAGGGUUGCUAAAGUCUGCAAUAAGAGACGAGAGCCCCGUUGUGUUUCUAGAAAAUGAAACACUUUACAGUGACGCCUACGACGACAUAGAGAAGGAAUACAUUCAGCCUUUGGACAAAGCUGUUGUUGAAGUUGAAGGCACCGACAUCACUCUCAUCGGAGUUUCUCUUUCUGUGAGAAUAUGCAUGGAGGCUGCGAAAGUACUGAAUGACAUGGGAAUUUCUUGCGAGGUAAUUAACCUGGUAUCGAUCAGGCCCAUAGACAAAAAGGCAUUGAUAGACUCUGCUAAGAAGACAAAAUGCAUAUUUGUGGUUGACUUUUCCUGGCCAUCAUUUAGUGUUGCCUCGGAAGUUUCUGCGAUAAUACACGAGCAAUGUUUUGGGGACUUGCUAGCGCCUGUCCAAAGAAUAAAUGGAAAAGAUGUCCCAACGCCUUACUCUGAAGAAAUAGAAAGAAUGGCGUUUCCAACACACCUGGAUGUUGUUGACUCUGUUAUGGCCAUUUACAAAAGCUACAAGAAGUGA